AUGAGACUACAAGGAAGAGAAACUGGCCGUAAGAUGGAAACGAGCGUGGUGUCUCGACACGACAAGUCAAAGGAUGGUGGUGUGGAGUGCUUAGACGGGCACAAUGAGAAAGCCGUGCCACGAUAUUCCAGUGCUAGUGGUGAGCCACACGAGUGGGUGAAGCGAAUGAAGAAGGACGAGGCCUCGUAUGAUAAGGAACGUGCCGCUAGGUAUGUAAUGACGGUGAGACCAGCGAUGGCGUCGGCGAAGUUUGUACGUGCCGACCAGGACGAUAGGGGCAAGGGUGGUGUUGACAUUGGAGCCAAGGAAAGACGUCGAUCUGGAGAAGGCGAAGCUCAGCGUCAAAACGAAAAUGAGUCGAGUAUGCUUCAAUCUGGAGAAGGCGGAGCCGGACUUCUAAUUGGAGAAGGCGCAGACACCGGCGCAGUGGACGAGUCAGUGGUAGGCAUGGAGUCAGUGAUGGUCGACGAGAGUAACAACGAAGCACCGAGCACGAACGACGAAAGACCAGGUAUGAACGAACAAGCGUAUAGUGUGGAGCAGGCCAGACUAGAGAGACGAAGGGCGAGGAAACAAGCCAAACGUCGACGCAUAAAGGCUCUGUUAGCGAAACGUCGGAGCACAGAGCAUGAGACUGAUGAAGAACAGCGACGAGUUGAUGCCGCACGACGACAGAUGCAAGGCUCAAAGAACGACAGCAACAACAAGCAAGGAGCUCGGAAGGAGAACGAACUGAACGCCAAGAAAGUUCAGCACGUGUGA